AUUUUUCCAUGGGGUGAAGCCAGCAUCACCCUGGAGGAUAUGAUCUUUUCCGGGGGAUUCUCUGCUGUUGGGAAUAGUAUUCUGAAUCCCCUCAGGGGAGAUGAACUGAAAGGAACGGAGGAACAGCUUCGAAAAGCUAGGAAAGAAAUUGCCAACACCACCAACACGAAAAAGCCAGGCCAGGAUGCCUGGAUGAAGGAAUUCAUGAACUCCGGAUCUAAACUCGAGCACGAAGCCUUCCUCAUUGUAUGGUUGUCAAGAUUCGUUUUUCCAACUAAGCAUGAAAUUAUUCGCAAAAAUGUUUUUCCUACCGCAAUUCAGCUAGCGAGAGGCAUUCGAAUUGCACUAGCACCAGCAGUCCUUGCCAGUAUUUACAGAGAUCUAGGCCUCCUGAAAGAGAGAAUUGUUAAUUCCAGCAAACCUGGUAGUUCUGAGGAUGAAAACUUGAUGAUUUUAUCACCAUUUCAGUGUGUACAGAUUUGGGCUUGGGAGAGAAUUAUUGAGUUGCAGCCAUUGCCUAAUUCAUUAAAGCCUGGAGAACCAAGAUUAGCUCAAUGGCACCAGAAAGGUUUAGCACCUGGAUUGGAUGAUAUCAGAUCAGUCCUGGACUCUGCCAGAGAAAAUUUUCGCUGGCGACCUUACACAAAACCUCUAAAAAAUUUGAGUCUGCCUAAAUUUUAUGUCGAAAAAGACUCAUGGGUAUCAAUUGAUCCGUCUUCAGACAGGGGUGUUGUGUCACUUGCUAGGUGCCUGAGAGUCUCCAGGCUCAUCGGAUUUGGAUGUCUGCAACCUUAUUUUCCACACCGUGUAUCAUUACAAUUUGGAUAUGAUCAGGAUCUUCCUGGAAUUGUUCCUGAAUCAAUUCAGACUCCAGAAACAGCCUGGAAAGAUUAUGCCAAGCCAAUUACAGUUGGAUUCUUGUAUGUCCCAUCUCGAUAUUCCGAAGCAGAUUUUACAGUCAGAUACCUCAAGUGGUGGAGGCAAUCAGUCUUGACUCUCCAAGCUGAAAACAAGCAGGAUUCUCAGCAGCAAUCUACAAGAACCAAAACUAGCAAGGCGGUUAAAUUUGCACCAACCAAAAAGGAUCCCAGAAAUCGAUCCAGACCAAUCAAGGGAUAUCAAGAAACCAGCGAAG